AUGAGCUCAUUCAGCAAAGCACAUACCCAAUUCACGCUUGAUCUAUUCCAACAACUAGGAAAAUCAAAGGAGGAAAAUGUCUUCUACUCUCCUUUCAGCAUCACAGCAGCAUUAAGGUUGCUCCUUUUAGGGAGCAAGGGAAACACUGCACAGCAGAUCAGAGAGGUCCUUCAUCUUCAGGAAGACACAGAGAACACAAAAGAAGGGUCAACCCACCACGUUGAGAGGUCAGAAAAUGUGCAUCUCCACUUCCAAGAGCUCCUGACUGACUUAAGCAAACCCACUGAUGCCUAUCAGCUGAAGAUUGCCAACAAGUUCUAUGGAGAAAAGACUUUUCCAUUUUCUCGGGAAUAUGUGGAUGCCAUCACCAAAUACUACCUAGCCAAUGCAGAAUCUGUUGAUUUUGUAAAUGACGCGGAAGAAAAUGAAAAGAGGAUUAAUUCCUGGGUGGAGAGUCAAACUAAUGGAAAAAUCAAGAACCUAUUUCCUGAUGGGACUCUUGACAGCAGCACCAUACUGGUGCUGGUGAACGCAAUCUAUUUCAAAGCGGAGUGGGACCAGAAAUUUUAUACAAACAAGACCAAGGAGGCCGAAUUCUGGCUAACCAAGGAUACCAGCAAACCUGUGCGGAUGAUGAAACAAGUGAACUAUUUCAAUUUCGCUUUGCUGGAAGAUGCUCAGGCCAGGAUCCUGGAAAUACCAUACAAAGGCAAAGAUCUGAGCAUGAUUGUGCUGCUGCCAAACGAAGUAGAAGGGCUGCAGAAGCUUGAACAGCAACUCACGGCUGAGAAAUUGAUCAAGUGGAUGAGCUCACAGAACAUGGAAAAUGUGGAAGUUAAUUUACACCUACCUCAGUUCAAAAUGGAAAAGAGUUAUAAACUCAAUUCCAUGUUGAAAGCCAUGGGGAUAGUGGAUGCCUUCAAUCCACGGGAUGCCGACCUGUCGGGCCUGGCUGAGCACCGAGGCCCUGUGGUGUCUGAAGCACUGCACAAGUCCUUCGUGGAGGUGACGGAGGAGGGAACAGAGGCUGCUGCAGCCACUGGCCUGGUAACCAGGGUGACAUCAGCGCCAGUGCAAGAGCAAUUCCACUGUAACCACCCUUUCCUGUUCUUCAUCAAGCAAAGUAAGACCAACAGCAUCCUGUUCUUUGGUCGAGUCUCUUCCCCUUAGAUGCAAGUAGCUGGUCAUUACUUUAAGGAAAAGUUUACAGGGUCAUUCCUGUACAUUUCUAGUGGCCGACAACAGGCUCUCCUAUCUCAUUUUCCUUUCUGAUGUCAUACUCAUCACUAAAACUGGUGAAAAUAGUAUGUCUGUAUCAUUCUCUAUUUUCACACGUUAGCCUACCUUUUCACCCCUAAAAAUUCCCCUUGGGGCAAAACAUUAACCUCAGAUUAAG